AUGGCAGAGUCUGCUUCGCAUAUAGCAAGAGAAGCCUCAGGCCUUCACCAGGGCCUCAAGGAGCUCAUUCGGAAACUUGAUCCAUGGGAUCGUGAAGUCGAGUUUCAGCGCAACAACCUACGCCGACACUACCUCCGCCUCAUCCUCGUCCACCCAUCCGACCCCGAAUCCCGCGACGCCCAAACGCGCCUAUGGAUGCAAACAUCCCACCAGUUCAUCUCCACCUACCGCGACCGUCUCAAAGCCCUCGACCACAUCCUCCAGUCCGCACCUCGCACCACCCACAACAACGUCAGCAGCACCGGAAGCGGGCCUCGCCAGGGCCAUGCGCAGGGGAACCAUGGCCCCGUCGAGUACCGCAAGCUCAUGCAGCGGUUCCGCCAGUUCCUCGCGACGGAGGAGAAGUUCUGGACAGCCUUCGUCGCGAGGUGCUUCCGCUCGUUCGCGCUCCAGGAAGCCGCAACGGCGCUUGCCACACUCGGUAUUCUCACAGACUCGCCGCCCGAGACUAGCAACAGCACUGCCCACGCCCAACUUCCCGAUGUGGUUGUCGUCAGCACCGAAGCGCAUCAGGCCCAACACGACGGUACCACCGAGAGUGUUGAUGGGGGCAGAGAGAGCAGAGGGAGCGGAGGCGGAGGUAGAGGAGGCGGGGGUGGGGGCGGACGCAGCCAAAACCAUUUCCCACCAGAGGACAGUUCACCGCCCGCGCCGCAGAGUGCCGCCGAGCGCGCCAGCCGAAUUGCCGAUCUAAGCAAGGCGCUCGUUUAUCUUGGUGACCUCGCGCGUUACCGCGAACUCUACAACGAGUCCGGCGGUCGGCCCAAGGCGGGUCACGAAGACAACGCCCCCGCUCGACGUGGGCGCAACCGAAGACGUGGCGGCGGCGGCGGCGGCGGUGGUGGCAGCCAAAGUGGCGCUGGCGGCGGGAGCCUGGACAACGUGGCUCGGGCGCGUGACUAUUCGCGCGCUAUUGCGUUCUACGAGCAGGCUCGGCUUCUCGUGCCCAGCGAGGGUAAUCCCUCGAAUCAGCUUGCGAUCCUGGCGCAGUACCAGCGCGACUGGUUCACUUCGCUCUACCACCACUACAAGGCGCUCUGCGUGCGCCGUCCAUUCGAAACUGCCGCGGACAAUAUGCGGGUACUACUCUCCAAACAGCUGAAGCUUUGGCGCGACUCAGGUCGGCACAAGUUGGUCAAGGACGGGGGAGUGUCAGAUGUGGCGGCGCCUGCGCCAGUGCCGGUGCCGGUGCGCCUAGAGCAGUUUAAGGAACAGCUUGUUUUGCUUCAUGCAUCGUGGCAACUUUCGAGUGACAAAUUCUCCCGUCACGUGCCUGCUUCUGGCAUCGCAGAUGAAUUCGCGUCUCUCGUCUCGGAGAGACACCUUCUCACCGAGGUCGUCUCGAAAGUGAUUAUCCUCGCCCAGGGUGCACUCUGGAAGCAUCGGAUGAUUCGCGAUCCCGCCGUUGCUGCUGCGGCGGCCACCACAGGCGGAAGCCGUCACGCCGGCGCCAGUCCAAACGCACCAGCUUCCUCGGGUUCGAGCUCAAACUAUACACAGCCUCCACCCCACGAAAUUGAAUCCCGGAUCGCGACUCAUGUCCUCGACAUGCACCGUGCACUCCUCCGGGUUGGCAUCGCCGAGCUCGCCGAGGCUCCACCUGACGAUGCUGCAGCGGAUGAUCUAGCUCAGCUCAUCACUGCGACGUUCCGUCGGACGCUCCCUGCUCUGCGGAUCGCCAACAAGUGGUUAGUUGCGAAUGGGAAAUAUGUUGUUCAGCACACCUCGUCACCCGUGGAGAACGGGGGCGAAAGGCGGAGUGGCACCGCCGCCGACCACGGCAAAGGCGGGAAGGGAGGUAAGGGAAGCAAGGGCGAUAAGAACGCCAUGCUUUCGAGCGCGAGCGUGUCGUCCUUCUGGGCCACGUAUGCGCGUUUCUUCACCGCACUCGCGGGAGCUUUCCCGAUGUGCCGGCUCAAGGCUCUUGACACGCCCCUCGAAGAGGACGUCGACAUGCGAGGAUUUUUACCGCUUCGCGGGCUGAUGUACGGAGAAGAAGCUGUCGGCGAGGCUGGUGCCGGUGUUAUCGGGCGCAAGGAGGGACGUCACCCAAACGAUGAGAUGUUGAUGCGCAUAUGGGACCUUCUCAGUGAUGCGGAGAAGGUGGCCGAGAUGGAGAACUCCCCCGUCACGCUGCAAGGCCGCACGUUUGCCACCGCAUAUACGUCCGUCGACAAUGUAUACCGCGCGAAUCACUCUACGAAUAACAUCAGCAACGGCACUGGUGUCAGUGCAACCGAGCGUUUGCCGGUCAACGCGAUAUCUGGCCUGAAGCCCAAUGGUGCACGGGCCCAAGGACCGGUUCAGAAGAACAAAGGUGCUGGUCUAUACUCGGACGACCCAUGGCAGGUUUUCCCGGUGCGCGCGGGCACCGCUGUCAGCGCCGAUGAGGACGCAAUGACAAACCGGACGGACGAAGAUAUCAUCAGGGAGGCCAUAAGCGCGGCCGUAGACCGUAGUUCAGUCAUCAGCACGGACGAGGAGAUGAUUAUGGACGAAGAGGAUGAGAUUGUAUGGGACCCAAGAACGACGAUCUCUCCUCAAAUUGCCGUGCAGGAUCGCUCGCAUCCGCAGUCGCCGAUAUCACCUAUGCUCAGCCCGAAGACUCCACACGCUCGCGUUGCGAGCUUGUCGUUCGGACAGGCGGAUGCAGCGGACAUGCCUGCGAUGCUUUCUAUGUCGUCACGGUCGAGUAACAUGCAUGGCCGUCCCCCUUCUGGUACGACGGCUGAAGACUUGUUAAAUAACGUCAUGGGUCUCGGUUUGUCCAGAAACAGUAUGGGAGUAGAGCAGCACAGCCACGCUCUUCCACCACCGAAUUCACCACCUCGGGGAGGGAUUUGGGGAGAGCCAAGCAUCGCAGGCCAGCAGAAUAUCUGGUCGGUCUCCUUGGGCGGCGGAGGAUCGCCGUCGACAGGACUUGGUGGCGUGCCUCAUCAUUCCGCAAACACGAGCGUUGGUCAGAGUCCCCGCGGGCAUGGAUAUGGCGCGCUGAGGCAGGGUCACCCCGGUCUUGGGCUAGGACAUACUCAUACUAUGUCAUACUCGCAUUCACCUUCUCAGUCUCAGCCUCAGCAGUCAAUCUGGGCGCCAGCAUUCGAGUCGACGCAGAAUGGCCCCGUUGGCCAGCAGCAACAGCAGCAACAGCAGCAACAGAGUACAAGAUUUGCCUCCUCGCCCCUCCGAUCUCCUCCCCAGAACGUCCCUCUAUCCAGUAAUAACCUUCUCAGCCCGCCUGGCCGACACCGGUCAUUCUCCACGGGCGCCAACACGCACUAUUCCUCCGGAAUCCCCAGUGCUCCCGGCUUACACCCUUCUGCGCUUAGCCCACCUCGCCCCGAUCUCGCUCCACCUGGGUGGCCUCCUGCUCAAAAUGCAGAGGCAGUAUCACCCGCACGCCUUCCUCUGAGUUCCCCUUUCAUGGCACAGAAGAGUCCACCGUCGGGCUCGCCGCUUACAUUCUCUGAUCCUGCCUUUAUGACAGCGAAUCCUGGCGUCAUCGGGGGCGGUGUUGGUGGCGGUGCACACUAUGGCGUUCCCGGGAAUGCUGGGCGGCGUGAUGCAGCGGCUCGAGGUGACGGGAGCGUCCAGUAUGGACUUGGGCUGGGUUCCCCGCCGAGCAUAUCGAUGGACAUGGGCGCACACCAUCAAAGGAUUCCGACGAUGUUCGCAGCGUCCCCGAUAUGGAGCAAGCAUGGAUGACAUGUCAUUCACCACGGAUGAAGCUCGCUUGAUUUCCCGAACAUCUUGUUCCACCUCUGCCUGCGGUACAUGAUAUUGGACUGGCAUUCGCGUUCUGACGGUUUCUGAUGCCGUUUCAAACUCAAGACAAAAACCAUUGCUGGCGCCAAGGACGAAGCUGACGAAUGGUGGAGCAACCUUGCACCAUCUUCCUUUCGCGAUGUGUGCGCGUUCCUUUCCCCACCAGGCCCGCCCCUGUGGCUCGUUUGUCUUGCGCGAAGGAGCGGUGCCUGUGAAGUAAAUUAUGUCUUAUGUCUGGCCAGGUUCUCGUGAUUCUGUAUCUCUUCUCCAUUGCUUCUUUGUUCUCAUCCGCUCUUCUGGCGCGUUCCACACUCGUAUAUGCCCGCUGUGUGACAUACCAUCCUCCCUUGCGCCAUCGUGUUUCUUCCAAUCAUCCUACAGGAGCUGCUGCCGUUUAUGCUAAGAUAUAGUUUCCUUGUUCGUUUAUCCCGUCUUCUGUGCCACUCCCGUAGCUAACCUACGAUUCAACCCAAAACUUCUUGGGCAGUCUGGUGAUUGACUUGUUCAUUGACACGCAAGAUGUUGGGACCCUCCCCUAUUCAGUUGAUCAUACCGGUAUCGGAUUUUUGCGCUUCUCUUCUAGCGGCGAUCAAUUGUAUAGGUUAUUUGCGCGAUGGGGAUGAGUUUAAACUGCUAUCGCUGCUCUACUUGGGUUAAU